AUGAUUUCAACAAUCGGCACAACAACAAUUCAAGCCGCGAACGGCGGGACUCUGUCCACAACAACAGCACCAAACUCGUUAGUCAUGAAUCCUACGUCAAUGUUAGUAGAGAUGAAAAACUUCAUUCCUUCUUCAUAUACUUUCGAAACAAAAAUCCAGAAGAUAAAGCAAGAACUUUUAACAAGUAAUUUAGACUGUAGUGCGAAAGAUGAAGAAAAUGAAGAAUAUCUUUAUGAAAUGCAGGACAUUAUUGACCAUUUACCCAAAUUGCCUGAAAUCCAACAACAAAAACUCACUAUUCCCGAAUUCGACGAAAUUGAAGUGAAACCAACUGAUUCAGUAGAAAUAAAGAAGUUCAUACGAAAGGUAAAUUAUGAAUUCCUUGGUUUUCAUUGCAACCAUAAAGUUAUGGACAAAGAUUGCGACAUGGUAUAUAAAAACAUUUCUGACAUAUAUAAAUCUGAAGAAUUUAAGACCUACGAUAACUUUGUUUCGUUAGUUGCAGAAUGUGUUUGGGAAAUAAGAGAUAAAGAUAGAAGAGGUAAGGUAUGGAAUGAACAGAUAAGACCCGCUAUGUUUGAGUUAAAGAAAACCAUUGACGCCUUA